UCGGGCUGGAGCGCCUGAAGCCGCGACCGCCGCCUCAGCUGCUUCAGCCGCGGUCGCCGCCGCUUCGGCAGACUUAGGCUCCGCAGCCGCCUGCUUACCCGCCUCGCCCCGACCCCGCCAGGGCCUCCCGGCCUCUCCCCGCCGGCCCGCGGGCUCGCCGUCCGGCGCAGGGCAGCACAUUGGAGAUAUAUUUCCACAGCAUCUGGCUUUUCUUGUUCCUGUUCUGAAGUCAGUAAAUGUAACUGCCAUCCUCUGGAGGUAAUCUAUUGCCAUAAAGGAUUUUCCAAUUAUCCUUAGGUUUCUAUGGUUUCACUCAGUUCCAUGCAUCCCUGCCUGAGGACUGUCUACGAGAGAGAAGCUCCCCAUGUGGUUCCGUGUAAAUACCUAGGAGUGGGCUUUUCUAGAUCACAUGGUCAAUAGGCUCCACGACAAAAGUCAACCCUUCUGUAAAUCACCUGCUGUGGUUAUGAUGCUCUGAGUUCAAUACGUCUGAACCUUUGCUGUCUAUGGAUCUGCUCUAAACCUUAUAGCCUGCUUAUGGGGGAAGGUGACGCCUUCUGGGCCCCAUCUGUCCUUCCUCACAGCACCCUCAGCGCCUUAAGCCACCACCCUCAGCCACAAUUUGGCAGAAGGAUGGAGUCCAAGGUCUCAGAAGGUGGCCUGAACGUGACCCUCACCAUCCGCCUGCUGAUGCAUGGAAAGGAAGUUGGAAGCAUCAUCGGGAAGAAAGGAGAAACUGUGAAGAAGAUGCGUGAGGAGAGUGGUGCAAGGAUCAACAUCUCAGAGGGAAACUGCCCAGAGAGGAUCGUGACCAUCACAGGCCCCACAGAUGCCAUCUUCAAGGCCUUUGCCAUGAUCGCAUACAAGUUUGAGGAGGAUAUCAUCAACUCCAUGAGCAACAGCCCUGCCACCAGCAAGCCCCCCGUGACACUGAGGCUGGUGGUGCCUGCCAGCCAGUGCGGGUCCCUGAUCGGCAAAGGAGGCUCCAAGAUCAAGGAGAUCAGGGAGUCCACAGGUGCCCAGGUGCAGGUGGCCGGGGACAUGCUGCCCAACUCCACGGAGCGAGCGGUGACCAUCUCGGGGACCCCAGAUGCCAUCAUCCAGUGUGUCAAGCAGAUCUGUGUGGUCAUGCUGGAGUCCCCACCGAAAGGUGCCACCAUUCCCUACCGCCCAAAGCCCGCCUCCACCCCUGUCAUUUUUGCAGGUGGUCAGGUAAGAGCCGAUCCGCUCGCGGCCUCCACUGCCAACCUCAGCCUUUUACUGCAGCACCCGCCGCUGCCCGCCUACACAAUCCAGGGACAGUAUGCCAUCCCUCACCCGGAUCAGUUGACCAAGCUCCACCAGUUGGCCAUGCAGCAAACCCCCUUUCCUCCCCUCGGACAGACCAACCCCGCUUUCCCCGGAGAAAAGCUGCCUUUACACUCCUCCGAAGAAGCUCAAAAUCUGAUGGGCCAGUCAUCAGGUCUGGAUGCCAGCCCACCAGCCAGCACUCAUGAGCUCACCAUUCCCAAUGAUGGACCUGUGGUCAUGCUGCCGGGUCAGCCGUGUUCCCCCUCCCCAUGUGGGCCGUGCUGCUGUCCCUGGCCCGCAUCAGAGAUGAGCCCUUCAGAUCUCUCUGCCACCAAGGAGGAAGAUGCAGCCAGGCAGCUAAUAGGCUGCAUAAUUGGACGCCAAGGGACCAAAAUCAAUGAAAUUCGACAGAUGUCUGGAGCUCAGAUCAAAAUCGCCAACGCCACGGAAGGGUCGUCAGAGCGUCAGAUCACCAUCACGGGGACCCCGGCCAACAUCAGCCUUGCCCAGUAUCUCAUCAAUGCCAGGCUGACGUCCGAGGUCACCGGGAUGGGCACUCUCUAAUCCUACCCAGCACCCUCCCCCCGCGUCACCCACCUGCCAGAGCCCAAGGCCCCCGGCUCUCGCACUCUGUACAGCCCACCUUCCCUGCCUCACAGAUACCAAAAGAGAGGUUUUCUUAAUUAACAAAAGGACGUAUGCCAUGGAGAAACACACCCGCGCACACAGCCGCUCUCUACAGAGGCUGCAGGCUCCGCCGAGUCCCCCUUCAGUGUUAUUUUAUUAAUGACUUCCCUCCAGUCUGCCAUGCACCGGCAUGCACUGUUAAUUAUUUUAGAAAUAUCGUUCUUGGUGUCAGCGUAGCUGUCUGUCUUAGGAGCUGGGUCGGCGUUCCGACAGCACUUCCUGUCCACCCUUCUCCUCUGCCAUCCAGAACUGUCCAGAACCGUUGCCUGAGACCCCUCCUCUCUCACACAGCCCUGCCGUGCUGACUCGGUUUCCCCUCAGAGCCAGUGUUGUCUGGGCUCGAGUUUCUGCCCCAGGUUGUGUGCUGGAAUCGGGGGGCGGCUCUCCUGCCACCCAUGGGGAGCGCCAGGAAAGGAGAGUCAUGGAGGAUGUUGGGGCUCUGACCCCGGGAGUGGGGUGGAGGGCAGAGCCUGCUGGGGGCCCUGCCUUCACAGAGAUGCCGCAUGCUGGGAAGGCUCCUGGGGUCCCCUGAGCGUCUUCCAGGGUGGCUGGAGAGCACAGACAUGCCAGGGAGCCCCCUCUGUGCUCCUCAGAGUUCAAUAAAUGUCAUGGCCC